CGCUGUGGCAAAGUGCCAAGCUAACUCAGAGAGUUACUGCGAGGAGCAGAUCGGUCCAUCGAUGAGCUCCGUGGCCGUGGUGGGUGGCGGCAUGGCCGGCGUGGCCGCCGCACGGGUGCUGUGUCAACGAGGGUACCACGUCCGGCUCUACGAGCGCAGCGAAGAGCUGGGAGGGCGCUUGGGCAACGCACAGCUGGGUCUGGGUCAGGUGGGUCUGGGCGCAACCUACGUGAAAGCCAAAGAUCCUAUCUUUAAGGCAGAGGUGGCUCAACUGCAGGAAAAGGGUUUGGUCUCAGAAUGGAACGUGGGGACGCCUUACUUCAUCGAAUCGCCCGGCACCUUUGUCGCGAAGCCCGAGCUGAAAGGUGGCGACGCAUGGUACGUGGGGCGACCCGACAUGGGCAGCUUUGUGCUGCUGGAGGACACCAAGGGCUUGACCCGCCUCUGUGGCAAGGAGGUGUCCUCCGUUUGCUGGAAAGAGGCUUCCUGGUUGAUCAACGGUGAAGAUGAGGUCAGCUCAUUGAUCUUGGCGCUUCCCGUGGCGCAAAUCCGAGCCUUGCUGGCGCCUGGCAGUUUGGAAGAACUUCUGCCCAAAGAAACGCUGGACAAGGACUUUGAAAAGGGCCGUGUGGCGGCCGCCUUUGCGUUCCCAGAGAGUCUGAUGCUGCCGUUCUGCCUGGCAUUUGUUAAAGAUUCUCCCAUCUCCUUAGUGCUCAACGACACCUCACGAACUUCUGGACCAGACGGCGAGGGUCCGGAAGUUUGGGUGGUGCAAACCACCACGGAAUGGGCUGCGGACUGCAAGAAGGCAGAGACCUCCGAAAACGAGAUGUGUCGCUCGUUGUUGGCAGAGUUCCUGCGCAUCGUGGGAAAAGCUGCAGCCAACGUGGACCAUCUGAAGGCGAUUCAUUGGCUCUACGGGGACGGUGACUAUCAGCUGCCCCAGGGCUGCGUGGUGGAUCCGCGGCGGCGUCUGUGUCUCUGUGGGGACUGGUGUUACAACGGCCGCGUGGAAGGGGCGUUUUUGAGCGGCGUGAAAGCCGCCACGUGCCUUGCGGAGCUGAAGGCGGAGUGA